AUGGAAAAUGUAGAAAGUGGUGGUAAAAUCCUUUGCGAAUUCAGGAAACUUGCCACAGAGAAUAACAUCAGAAGGCUAGAUGACGAUUUCUUGCGAAGGUUUUUAGUUGGCCAUCGUUAUGAUGUUUGUGCAGCCCUUAAAGCAAUUCGCAACUUUCAAAGUUUCAUAGAGAGAAGACAAGAUAAUUGGUUAAAAUUAGAAAAAGGUUUAGUAGAAAAUAUCCUCGAGUCUCAAAUUAUAGACGUGCUGGAUGAAGUUGGACGUCACGGACAAACGAUUGUCUGGAUACGCUUAGAGAAAUGGGAUCCUGAGGUCUUCAGUGCUGAUGAAAUUCUAAAGGUUUCAGCUCUUCUCUGCGAGUUGGUGUAUGCAAAGAUGAAGGAAAUAAAAUUUAUUGAUGUCAUUAUGGAUAUGCAUAGCUUUUCCCUGAAACAUCUGAAUGGCCUUUCUAUGAAAUUUGCCAAGCGAAUGGUAUUCUUCAUGUCUGAAUGUUUACCGAUGGAGUUGUUACACAUAUAUGUGGUUAGGCAACCCAAAAUAAUAUUCUACCUCGGCUACGCGUUAUACAAACCAUUUGUAGAAGAACGUAUGAAGAAAAUUAUUCAUAUAUGCGGAGAUAAUUAUGACUAUUUGACAAAAAAUAUUGGACGAGACUUUUUGCCUGUAUAUUUUAAUGGAACCUGUGAAAACCUCAAGUCAACUAGGUGGCUAAACGUAAUGCAUCAAAGAAAAAUACGGCAAGAUUUAAGUUUAUCAGGAUAUGAAUUUUACGAAAAAUCGACUGGUAACACUUAA